AACCUCUGAACCACACACCCAUUCAUCCUUCGGUGGUCAUCAUCAACUUAUUACCUCCCACGAUGACGUCCAUAGCGGAGGGACUCUUCAAGUCUCUUCCCAAGCCGAAAUACACCGGCGAGGAGGAGGAACUCCCCCAACACGCGCAGCCCCGAGGACCCCGGAUCGUGGGCCCCGGCCAACUCGAUGAAUCCCAGAUCGUACUCCGGAGAACCGGACCACCUCCCUACCAAAACCGCGCUGGAUGGCGCCCGCGCGCCCCGGAGGACUUCGGCGACGGGGGCGCGUUCCCGGAGAUCCUGGUUGCGCAGUACCCGCUGGACAUGGGGCGGAAGGGGGCGGCAUCGACGUCGAACGCGCUGGCGGUGCAGGUGGACGCGGAAGGGAAAGUGAAAUACGACGCGAUCGCGCGGCGGGGCCACAGCGAUAACCGGGUCGUGCACGCCAGCUUCAAGGACCUGAUCCCGCUGCGGCAGCGGGUCGACAUGGGCGAGAUCUCGCUCGACCGGCCCUCGGAGGAAGAAGUGCAGGCGCAGAUGGAGAAGACCAAGAACGCCCUGGCCAGUUUGGUGGAGGGCGCCGUGUCGGCGCAGAAGCCCAAGAACGUGCGCGGGGGCGGGCGCCGCGCCGAGCCGACUUUCGUGCGCUACACGCCCGCGAACAACCAGAUGGGCGAUGCCUCGCGUGGGAAGAAUGAUCGGAUUAUGAAGAUCGUUGAGCGUCAGCAGGAUCCGAUGGAGCCGCCGAAGUUCAAGCAUAAGAAGAUCCCCCGUGGCCCGCCCUCGCCUCCGCCUCCCAUUAUGCACUCUCCGCCUCGCAAGUUGACUGCUGAAGAUCAGGAGGCUUGGAAGAUCCCCCCCCCUGUCUCCAAUUGGAAGAAUCCCAAGGGUUAUACUGUGCCCUUGGAUAAGCGCCUCGCUGCUGAUGGGCGCGGCUUGCAGGAUGUUACGAUUAAUGAUAAGUUUGCUCAGUUUGCUGAGGCGCUGUUUACCGCCGAUCGCCAUGCUAGGGAGGAGGUGCGCUUGCGCGCCCAGAUGCAGCAGAAGUUGGCGGAGAAGGAGAAGGCGCAGAAGGAGGAGCACCUGCGCGCUUUGGCUCAGAAGGCCCGCGAGGAGAGGGCCGCUGCUACCAGCGGUGGUGGUGGUCGUCGCCAGGAUUCGCGGUCGCCGCCUUCGCGUAGUGUCAGCCGCAGCCCCUCGAGAUAUUCUGACCGGUCCCGCACGCCGAGCGACGACGAGAGCGGCGCCCGCGAGCGCGAGCAGCUGCGUCGCGAGCGGAGGCAGGAGGCGGAGCGCCAGCUGCGGCAGUCGCGCAUGGGCACGGAGCGCCGCAUCCAGAUGAUGGCGCGCGAGCAGAACCGCGAUAUUUCGGAGAAGGUCGCGCUGGGCCUGGCCAAGCCGACGCAGUCGUCCGAGGCCAUGUACGACUCGCGCCUGUUCAACCAGACGAGCGGAAUGAGCUCCGGGUUCAACGAGGACAACCCCUACGACAAGCCGCUGUUCGCCGCGCAGGACGCCAUCAACAGCAUCUACCGUCCGCGUGCGCAGGUCGAUGACGACGACGACGGCGGCGAGGGCGCCGGCGAGGAGAUGAGCAAGAUCCAGAAGUCGAGCCGGUUCGAGGUUCUGGGACGCGCCAAGGAGGGCUUCAAGGGUGCCGAUUUAGCAGAAGCUCGUGACGGUCCCGUCCAGUUCGAAAAGGACACGACAGAUCCCUUCGGCAUCGACAGCAUGAUCGCCGACGUCACGGGAGGCGGAGGAUCAUCGGGCCAGAAGCGUUACGGCCUUGAGGAGGUCGAUCGCUCCGAGCGAGGAUCCAAACGGGCCCGUGUCGAUGAUGAUUGAUUAUGGAGAGGAGGGUUUGGUCUGGAACUGUAUUUGUGAUUCCUUAGGUAUUUUUUUUCUUUGUCAUGCAUUGCGGGCGUUGUGAUUCACUUUCUCGGGAGCAGUUUCUCUCCGGUGCCAUUUAAUUCAAAUCAAAAGAACAGACAGAUAUGAUGUAUAUCUCUUCUCGCGAUCAUACUGUAAAAUAGCCGCAUACACGUGAAGAACUUCCGGAAGGGCAGAAAAAGCAUGACUAUACCUUCCCCAAUUCCGCC